AUGCUCUUUUUCGCCCUCGUCUUGAUCCUCUGGCACCUGCGGGGCUUCAGAUUCCUCUCAGUCUUCUACUGGUUUCCGCCUGACGAGGAGGAUUACGAAACCCCCCCCGGGACCACCUGGGUGGAGCUGGUAGCUCUCUCUAUCCUACUCCUCGGCGCUGCUGCUGCUCUGCGCUCCGCCUUCCCCCGUUUCUUUGAUCGCCUGGCGCUGCUGCUGCACACCGCGUUCCCCCGCUCGCGGCUGUUGGUUAAGCGGCUGCAGAGAGUGAAACGGGUGGUGGUGAGGGCCGUGGCGGACGGUACUGGGUUUGGCAGGUUGGGAAUCGGCAGCGGCGGCGCGGCGGCAGCAGCCGGAGCAGGAAUGGGGUAUGCGUCUGGCCCUCGGCCGUUCAGGCUAAGAGGGACAGGAGGAACAGGGAACUACUCUGCUCUGGAUAAGAAGUUUGCGUCUAGUGGGGGCGGAAGCUGGGAAUAUCUAGGGUACAAUCGUAGUGGCAGGGGGGGAGGGAGAGGGAUCAGUAAUAAUGGUAAUGGUGGUGGUGGUGGUGAUGAUGGUGGUGGUGGCACUGGUGCUGCCGGUGAGAGGAGAGAGAUAGGGAGAGGGACCGGGAGGGUGGUUCGGAUAGCGGGGGAGGAGAGGGGUCUUCCACAGCAGCUGCCGGACCUGCCGGUGCGGCGGGUCUUUCGUCUCGUAGCGCCUCCCGAGCGGCAUCUGGUGCGGGCACGUGUCCACGUGUAUGCCAACGGGGACCG